CUUCCGACGCAUGCUCAGACUGGUUCGGCGCUCACCCUUCCGGAGAGGGCCACCCCGAUGUCCCCCCGCCCCGCCACGGGAUAGAAAGGAGGAGUUACGGGGCUUACUGGAAGCCCCGCCCCCGCCGUGACGUUUAUAGACGCGAUGCGUCGACACGCAAUGCGAAUCGGGAAGAGGGGAUGAGCUGCGCUACCUUGCGUCUGAAAGCGGAGGCUCGUUCUCCUUCUGGUGGUGGGCGAUGGGCGUCAGGCGAGGAGGCCGGCGUUAGCGGAGCGCGGGCGCUGCGGAAAGAACUACUUUUCAUGAAUCACACCAUCCGAUUGUUGAAGUAGAAGAGCAAGUAUCAGUCAUCAUGCCUGCUGUAGCUUCGGUUCCUAAAGAACUCUACCUCAGUUCUUCACUAAAAGACCUCAAUAAGAAGACAGAAGUUAAACCUGAGAAAACCAGCACCAAGAAUUAUAUACAUAGUGCUCAGAAGAUCUUCAAGACAGCAGAAGAAUGCAGACUCGAUCGUGAUGAGGAAAGGGCCUAUGUGCUUUAUAUGAAAUAUGUGGCAGUUUAUAAUCUUAUCAAAAAGAGACCCGAUUUCAAGCAACAGCAGGAUUAUUAUCUUUCAAUACUUGGACCUGCAAACAUCAAAAAAGCUAUUGAAGAAGCUGAAAGACUCUCCGAAAGCCUUAAACUAAGAUAUGAAGAGGCUGAAGUUCGGAAACAACUUGAAGAAAAGGACAGACGGGAGGAAGAGCAGCUGCAGCAACAAAAAAGGCAGGAGAUGGGGAGAGAGGACAGCAGUGCGGCAGCCAGACGCUCUGUGGAGAAUUUACUGGAUUCCAAAACCAAAACUCAAAAGGUUAAUGGAGAGAAGAGUGAAGGAGGUGCAGCUGCAGAGAGAGGAACAAUCACAGCAAAGGAACUAUAUACAAUGAUGAUGGAUAAAAACACAAGCUUGAUUAUAAUGGAUGCUCGAAAAAUGCAGGAUUAUCAGCAUUCCUGUAUCUUGGAUUCUCUCAGUGUUCCUGAAGAGGCUAUCAGUCCAGGAGUCACUGCUAGUUGGAUUGAAGCAAACCUCUCAGAUGAUUCUAAAGACACUUGGAAAAAGAGGGGAAGUGUGGACUAUGUGGUCCUUCUCGACUGGUUUAGCUCAGCGAAAGAUUUGCUGCUUGGGACCACUCUCCGGAGUCUGCGAGAUGCGCUCUUCAAGGUUGGAGCUUUCCUCAUUACUGUAACUGCCAUCGUCCGACUGUGUCCCACGUCAGAAGCAUCGAAGAGGCCAGCAGACAUGUCAGGAGAGCUGAGUGCAGGCAAGGCUCAAAGAGAACCUUUGACAAGAGCACGAAGUGAAGAAAUGGGGAGAAUUGUGCCAGGACUGCCUUUGGGAUGGGCCAAGUUUCUUGAUCCAAUCACUGGGACCUUUCGUUACUACCAUUCACCCACAAACACGGUUCAUAUGUAUCCACCUGAAAUGGCUCCUUCAUCUGCACCUCCUUCCACCCCUCCUACUCACAAAGUCAAGCCCCAGAUCCCUGCUGAGCGGGACAGGGAGCCAUCCAAACUGAAGCGCUCCUACUCCUCACCAGACAUCACUCAGGCCCUGCAGGAGGAGGAGAAGAGGAGGCCAGCAGUGACCCCAACAGUCAACAGGGAGAACAAGCCACCAUGUUACCCUAAAGCUGAGAUCUCGAGGCUUUCUGCUUCUCAGAUUCGGAACCUCAAUCCUGUAUUUGGAGGAUCUGGACCAGCUCUUACUGGACUUCGUAAUUUGGGAAAUACUUGUUACAUGAACUCAAUAUUGCAGUGCCUGUGUAAUGCUCCACAUUUGGCUGAUUAUUUCAACCGAAACUGCUACCAAGAUGAUAUCAACAGGUCAAAUUUGUUGGGGCAUAAAGGUGAAGUGGCAGAAGAAUUUGGUAUAAUCAUGAAACGGACAUUCGAGGCUUUCAUGUAUUUGUCUUUGCCACUAGCAUCCACAAGUAAAUGUACUUUACAGGACUGCCUUAGAUUAUUUUCCAAAGAAGAAAAGCUUACAGAUAACAACAGAUUUUACUGCAGCCAUUGCCGAGCUCGGCGGGAUUCCCUAAAGAAAAUAGAAAUCUGGAAAUUGCCUCCUGUGCUAUUAGUCCACCUGAAACGAUUUUCCUAUGAUGGUAGGUGGAAGCAAAAGCUGCAAACAUCCGUGGAUUUCCCAUUAGAAAAU